AUGAGGUCCUCGACAAGAAUGACCGGCACGCUCACCGGCGCCAUGCUGGCCCUUGCCGUCAACGCCGAGCCAGUUCUGCGCAGGAACGGCACCGCGACGCUGGCGGGCCCGUCCCUGACGCACUGGCCCGCCGAGGCUGCGGCAUCGCUGGAUGCCAUGAUCGCCGAGAAUGCAAACCAGAGCAACUACGCCGUGUUCGACAUGGACAACACGUCCUACCGGUUUGACCUUGAGGAGUCCCUCAUCCCGUGGCUGGACAACAAGGGCGUGCUGACGCGCGAGUCGCUCGACCCGUCGCUGAGGCCGAUCCCGUUCAGGGACAACGCGACGCACGCCGAGUCGCUGUACAGCUACUACCUCCGCCUGUGCGACAUGGACGAGCUGCUCUGCUACCCGUGGUCGGCGCAGGUGUUCGCGGGGCUCACGCUGCGGGAGCUCAAGGGCCACGUGGACGAGCUGAUGGCGCACAACGGGACGGUGCCCGCGACCUACUACGAGGGCGACGAGGUGGUGUCGACCGAGGUGAACCCGCCGCGCGUGUUCCGCGGCCAGACGGAGCUGUACAGCCGGCUCAUGGCCAACGGCAUCGACGUGUACGUCAUCUCGGCGGCGUCGGAGGAGCUGGUGCGCAUGGUGGCCUCGGACCCCCGGUACGGCUACAACGUCCCCGCCGAGAACGUCAUCGGCGUGACGACGUUCCUGCGCAACGCGACGACGGGGGACCUCGUGACGGCGCGGCGGCAGAUCGAGGAGGGCGGGUACGACCCGCAGGCCAACCUGGACCUCGUCUACACGCCGUACCUCUUCACGCCGGCGACCUGGAUGGCCGGCAAGUUCGCCGCGAUCCUGACGUACAUCGACGACUGGCGCAUGCCCGUGCUCGCGGGCGGCGACACGCCCAACAGCGACGGGCCGAUGCAGUUCCACGGGGUCGACGUGUCCAAGGGCGGCGUCCACCUGUGGGUCAACCGCUCCGCGUCCGCGUGGGAGGAGAUCAGCGAGAUGAUCGAGGACUUUGCGGGCCAGCAGGCGGACCUCGGGCUGGAGGUCACCGCCGACAAGAACUGGGUGGUUGUGCUGCCAGAGGACAUCCUGUGA